AUGAAGAUGAGACGCCAUAAGCUCUUUCUGACUCUCUGCAUGGCUGGUCUCUGCCUCAUCUCCUUCUUGCACUUUCUUAAGGCCCUUUCCUAUGUCACCUUCCCCCGGGAGCUGGCUUCGCUUAGUCCCAACCUUGUCUCCAGCUUCUUCUGGAACAAUGCCCCCGUCACACCUCAGGUCAGCCCUGAGCCAGGGGGUGCAGAGUUCCUCCGCACGCCGCUGUACUCCCACUCCCCCUUGCUCCAGCCGCUCCCCCCCAGCAGAGCCAGCGAAGAGCUGCACAAAGUCGAGUUUGUGCUGCCAGAAGACACGACAGAAUAUUUUGUACGUACCAAAGCCGGUGGCGUUUGCUUUAAACCAGGCACCAAGGUGUUGGAGAAGCCACCUGUGGGAGGGCGGCCAGAGGAGGGAGCGGACGGCACAGCCUCGGGGCGGCCGGCUCGCAAGCCGCUGAGUGCCGCUGGGACCAAGCGGCGCAAGUGGGUGGAGUGCGUGUGCUUGCCGGGCUGGCACGGCCCCAGUUGCGGGGUCCCCACUGUGGUCCAGUAUUCCAACCUGCCCACCAAGGACCGCCUCAUGCCACGGGAGAUCCCCCGGCGGGUCAUCAACGCUAUCAAUGUCAACCAUGAGUUUGACCUGCUGGACGUCCGCUUCCAUGAGCUGGGAGAUGUGGUGGAUGCCUUUGUGGUGUGUGAGUCAAACUUCACGGCCUACGGAGAGCCGCGGCCCCUCAAGUUCCGCGAGAUGCUCCUCAACGGCUCCUUCGACUACAUCCGCCACAAGGUGCUGUAUGUCUUCCUGGACCACUUCCCCCCCGGCGGCCGUCAGGAUGGAUGGAUUGCUGACGAUUACCUGCGCACCUUUCUUACCCGUGAUGGCAUCUCUCGCCUCCGCAACCUGCGCCCAGAUGAUGUCUUCAUCAUCGAUGAUGCCGAUGAGAUCCCGGCCCGCGACGGUGUGCUCUUCCUCAAGCUCUACGACGGCUGGACGGAGCCCUUCGCCUUUCACAUGCGCAAGUCGCUCUAUGGCUUCUUCUGGAAGCAACCAGGCACCUUGGAGGUGGUCUCGGGUUGCACCAUGGGGAUGCUCCAGGCUGUCUAUGCUACUGAUGGGAUCCGUCUGCGGCGCCGCGAGUACUACACCAUGCCUGGCUUUCGGCAGUAUGAGAACAGCACAGGGCACAUCCUGGUGCAGUGGUCGCUGGGCAGCCCCCUCCACUUUGCUGGCUGGCACUGCUCCUGGUGUUUCACGCCAGAGGGGAUCUACUUCAAACUGGUGUCGGCCCAGAAUGGGGACUUCCCCCGCUGGGGUGACUAUGAGGAUAAACGAGACCUUAAUUAUAUCCGGGAGCUGAUCCGGACUGGUGGCUGGUUUGAUGGUACUACACAGGAGUAUCCCCCCGCUGACCCCAAGGAGCAGAUGUAUGCUCCCAAGUACCUGCUCAAGAACUACGAGCGGUUCCGCUACUUGUUGGAGAACCCUUACCAAAAAGCAGAGGGCACUGGGUGAGGCCACCGGGGCUUGUGUGGGAAAUCAGAACUUCACAAGAAAGGGAAAGAGUUGGGUGUUUUCAUCUGUUCCUUUCUUUUUUUGUUUUCUUUGGUUCUAGGUGGGGUGUGCUAUUUUUCCGGGGUCUCUGCCCUCCCUCCCUUCCUUUUCUUCCCUUCAUCCCAGGGUGAUGCCCGGGGACACGCAUUCCUCAGACACCUGAAGGGAGGCCUGGGCAGGAGGAGGGAUGUUGGGGACCUACUGUGGCAGUAGCAUAAGGACUUUCCUGCAUCUCCCAGAGUUCUCCUGCUGGCUGGAGAGAAUCUCUGCAGCCAGCUGGCAGAUUUUUCUCCAGGGGAGGCUGUGAGGGUCCCAUGGGGAGAGAGGGCAGCUGUUCCCGCCCACCCUCUUCCUUUGUGCAUUGGAGCAAGCACAGAUGCAAGCCUGGGCUAUUCAGUGAGCACGUGAGUCAGCAGGCACAAACUGAUGCAAGUGGUCACGUGUACAGAUGUGUGUCACGUGCAUUUUUUGGAUGAGUGAAUGUGCAAAAGCAUCUCAGUAUGCGUUUAUUUUUUGUAUACCUCUAUAUUCAAAGAGUAUUUUGGGGAAGGGAAAUCCUUUGCUUCCAAGGUGUUGUCCCCAAGAUGCAGCCUCCUCCCACAGGCUUAAUGCAUCUGUCCUGGGCUUGCCCUGAUGCUCUACCAAUCCUGGAGCAGGCAGAUGGGAAGAAGAGGAGAAAGCUGAUUUAUUUUUUUUACUAUUUUUUUUUAAACUCCUUUUUCACCCCUGCCCCCACAACACUGCACUGGCUUGGCCCGCGGAAGCUGAAGCAUCUUCCCUGCAGUACGUGCUUGUAUUGGGGCUGGGAUAAGCUGCAGGGGACUUAAUCAGAUGGUGGGAGUGUAUGUUUACAAGUGCAUGGUUUCCUAUGUGCAUGAGUGCUAACAUGCAUGGUUUUGGUAUGCACGUGGGCGUUCGUUACCAGUAUUGGGGGGAAGUGGACAUAGUUGGGCUUGGGUGUGUGUGCUUUCAGGAAAUGGUGGUAUCCAGAAGCUGCGAUCUCUGUCUUGGCAUGGAUGACUUUUCAGGGAAUUCAUAGGAGAGGGCCAGGGAGAGCAUUGGCUCUGCAUAGCAGUGCUACAUAUGUGGGACUGUUGCGUGCCUCUCUGCCUGCCUCUGCAACCCUGCGGACUGUGCCUGUUGCAGGGUUGCUGCUUACACGUUCUGGCUAUUUCUUCUUGCCACAGGGUAAAAGGGAGAGGAGAAGGGCAAAGCUCUGAGUCAGCAGUGGGUGUUGUGGGGAAACACAAAGCCUGUUAAGGCACAGGAUCCAUCUGUCUGUUCUUAGGGUAUGAGGGAGCUCGUGGAGAAAUGGGCCAUGGACAGGCUCCCCCUGGAGCCAAGAGACUGUGUUGGGAUCAUCAUGCAAUCCAGAGAGCAUCUGCAGCCCACACAUGCAGCCUGGGCCAUGCAGAUAAGACCAUGCAGAGGACAGAGGAUCUAGGAGGACACUAGCUGCAACUGGUUGGGCUGGUGUCUGCUCAGAGUUUGCCAGUAAUGGGUAGUCAGGAUCUGGCCUGUUUUAUUGAAUUGAUUUAGCUCACUGAGGAGGCAGAGCCAUGUCUCCACCCUUACUACCCUUCCCUAGCAGAUGGCUUGACAGGGUGCCUGGAGCCUGGGCUGUAGUGGGCAGAGGGUGAAAAACAUGAUGAACUUGCUCUGUUAGCCUUGCAGUGGAAAGACUGGCUCAUGUUGCAAGCAGAGAAAUGAGGAUCAUAUGGAGGAGGGAAAUGUUGGCAUGAGGAAAAUGUUGGCAUAAGGAAGAGUGACCCUGACAUCAGACCAGCUGUGCUGAAGCAGGAGGGUUUUCAUUGCUGUUAACUCACUUCAUCAGGGCUCCAUAUUCCUGUGUUGUCCAGCCCAUUCCCACCCUUGUGCCUCAUUCCUAUCUCUGCAUCUCUCUCCUUUUCCUUCCUAUUCCCCGCUCUAGAGAAGUGAAACAAAAAUAAUUUGAUUGCCUAGUAAGGCUGAGAGUGGAACAAAAUGAAGAUGAACGUCUUUUUCUGAUCAAACUGAGAUAGAGUUCAUCUUAGCUCCUUCCACAUCUCAUGUGCCAUGAUGCCUGCUUAAAAGAACUGAAGGACACUCUUUUUUUUGUUGUUGUUUUUGUUUGGUUUUUAUAUCACUGUUCUCAAUUCUGCUGAGUCUUCCCCACAGGUAGAAAAGCCCCUUUGGGAACUGAGUGGAGGGAGAAGCUUUGGUAGGCAGAAUGCUCUUCCCCCAAAGGGAAGCUGUGGAUCUUGUAAGUCCAGACUUGUUCAUGCAGCAGGAGGGAGGCUAGUCACAAUCAUGGGGUCCUUGUUCCAAAUGUCUAUGUGAAGGUCUUGGGAAUAGAGAGAUUACAGAGAAAUGGGGACCCAGUUGAGAAAGGAGGCGCCUGCUUUGAGCAAGAUGAGAGCAGUAGCACUGAGGCUGCAGCACGAGGGGAACAUGCUUUCCCCAGGGGCAGCUGGAGGAGAGCAGGUGUGUUAGCUCGUGGGAUUCAGUAGUAGAAAAAUAUGGAAGGAAGAAGCUAUUUCUCAUUUUUGCUCUUAGAAGGGAGCCUGAGAUCUACUCUCAGACCUUUGGCUUUGUCUUAUCUCAGUGACAACAGCACAAGCCCAGUGCCAGGCCUUGCUGAAGUCAGGAGAGAAAGAGAAGUCAGUCUUUGCAUGGGUGCUUUGGCAGCACCAGAGCCCCAUCAAGCAGGGACUGAAGUGCAUGCGUGCAGCCCCUCCUC